AUGAGCAGGCAGAGUGCGCUGCAUCUUACCGUGGGGGUUGGCGCGGCCGCGGCACUGUACAUAGUGCGUCUUCGUCGCGCAGCCUACUCGAAGCUGGCGCGGAGUGUGAGACCACCCGUUCUAGAAAAGCGUCCCAAGAUGGUCCCUUUUGGCGCUGUCACGGGCCAGAAUCGCGGCUCGAACCCAAUGAAGCCUAUCUUGUAUCUGGAAGACCCGUACUUUUACGUCCGCGAUGACUCGCGCAAGAACGAGGAGGUGCUAGAACAUCUCCGUAAGGAGAAUGAGUAUACGGACGUCAAGACGAACCACCUAGCUGACGUGCGCUCCAACAUCUACGACGAGUUGCUGUCGCACGUCCAGGAGACAGACGAAGAUUACCCGUACCCGCAUGGGCCUUACUUGUACUACAACCGAACGGUUAAGGGAAGUAGCUACGCAUACCAUUGCCGUAAGGCCAAGGUGGAGAACGCACCGGAAGAGUUGCUGCUGGAUGAAAACGCGAUCGCCGAGGGACACAAUCAUUGCCAAGUGGCAAGUGUAUCCCCCAGUCCCGACCACCGCUAUAUAGCGUACAUGGUGGACUUUAGUGGCUACGAAACGUACACAGGUUUUGUGGAGGAUCUUCAGACUGGAGAGUUACUGCCGGACCGGAUCGAGAAUAUUUCGAGCUUGCGCUGGGGACAAGAUGCCUCUGUUCUCUAUUACGCCACCCAGGACGAGGCUCACCGUCAGAAUAAGCUGUGGCGCCACAACAUGGGCAGCAAUGGCGCAGAUGAACUUCUUUACACGGAAGACGAUGAAAUCUACAGCGCCUACUUCCAGAAAGCUCGCAGUGGGAAGUAUAUGUUUUUGUUUUCAUCCAGCAGUGAAACCAGUGAGGUGUCUUUCAUAGAUUUGGAUAGCCCGUCUAAGCCACCUCAAGUGAUCUCGAAGCGACAAAAGGGAUUGAUCUACUCCGUAGACCACUUUGCCGACAGCUUCUACAUCGUGACGAACAAGGACAAAGCUACCAAUUUCAAGCUGAUGAAAGCGCCUGUUACAUCGCCUUCGCCUAAAUACUGGGUAGACGUGUUCCCCUACGAUGAAAACAUCAAGGUGGAUGACGUCGACUGCUUCAAGGAGUUUAUGGUAAUGGAGGGUCGACAGGGGGGCUACUCGCAGAUUUGGAUCAUUAUGCCCGAGGGGGGCGGCAAGCAUGCUAGCCAUCAGAUCACCUUUAAGGAAUCCAGCUACACUGUUUCUGGCUCUGUCAACCGUGACUUUGACACAGACAAGUAUCGCUUCGUUUACUCGUCGAUGACUACCCCUUGGACAACAUUUGACUACGACAUCAACACCCGAGAGUCUAAGCUGUUAAAGGAGAAGCCUGUACCGAACUAUGACCGCUCUUUUUACAAAACUGAGCGCCUGGAAGCAAAGGCAAGCGACGGGACAAUGGUACCAAUUUCACUAGUGUACCGUUCUGACCUACGCUCGCAAAAUCGCCAGCCACUGCACCUGUACGGUUACGGCUCGUACGAAAUCCCGAUCGAUCCGAGCUUCGUCUCUUCCAUCCUGCCGCUGCUGGACCGCGGUGUGAUUUACGCGAUCGCACAUAUCCGAGGCGGUGGUGAAAUGGGCCGAACUUGGUACGAGGACGCGAAGUACAAGAAGAAAAUUAACACCUUCACGGACUUUAUCAGCUGCGCUGAGCAUCUGGUUAACGCUGGAUAUACGAGUCCCAGCAAGAUGACUUGCGAAGGCCGCAGCGCUGGUGGAUUGCUUAUGGGCGCCGUGUUGAAUAUGCGCCCAGACCUUUUCACUGCUGCCAUCGCCGGUGUGCCAUUCGUGGAUGUGAUGAAUACUAUGAGUGACGCCUCCAUUCCGCUGACGACUGGAGAAUGGGAGGAGUGGGGAAACCCGAAUGAAAAAGCGUAUUUUGAGUACAUGCUCAGCUACUCACCCUAUGAAAAUGUGAAGCAGCAAGCGUACCCGAACAUUUUGGUCACGAGUGGGCUGUUCGAUCCACGUGUGGCAUACUGGGAGCCCACAAAAUGGGUCGCAAAGCUGCGUGAUAUGAAGAGUGAUCAAAACGAGGUACUAUUGAAGAUGGACUUAUCAUCGGGUCAUUUCAGUGCUAGUGACAGGUACCACUACCUCAAGGAAAAGGCGUUCGACAUGGCUUACUUGCUCGAUCAACUGAAGGCGAUCAAGGAGGAUGACAUGAAGGCGCCCAAACCUUCUGCGAAACUGUAA